AUGACUCAUCCAGACAUAAGUUAUGCUGUUCAGAUACUUAGUCAAUUUAUGCAUACGCCAAAGCAAUCCCACAUGGAUGUUGGUCUCAGGGUUAUCAGAUAUCUUAAAAGAUGUCCAGGCCUAGGACUAUUACUUCCACGAAAGAAAGACUUAAAAGUAACAGCUUACUGUGAUUCUGAUUGGGGGACAUGUCUUAUGACUAGGAGAUCACUCACAGGUUUUUGUCUAAAAUUGGGAGAUUCACUCAUCUCAUGGAAGACCAAAAAGCAAUCCACUGUAUCUCUUUCUUCAGCAGAAGCAGAAUACAAGGCUAUAGCAAAAACCACAUGCAAGAUUAUAUGGGUUCGUGGUCUACUAAAGGAUCUUAGAAUCGAAACCACUGAACUGAUAAGUUGUUUUGUGAUAAUAAGGCAGCAAAUGAUAUCACAACAAAUCCAGUUUUCCAUGAAAGAACCAAGCACAUUGAAAUUGACUGCCACUUUGUCAGAGACAAAAUUCAAGAGGGAAUCAUAA